AUGGCUCCAGUGAUCCCACGAUGUUUGGCCAAUAUUAUUAUUAUUAUUAUUAUUAAUAUUUUUUGGUCUAUAUGUUUAUUAUCAUCGAUAGGUAGUAAAGUUGCUCGAUGGAAACCGGAAGAUGGUACGAAUCCCGAAGAAUUAGGUGAUACAUAUUUUGAAGGUGACAUAAUUAUCGAUGCUAAAAGUAGAAACGGUUUAAAAUCGGAAAAUUCACAUUGGAAAAAUGGUAUCGUACCAUACACAAUAUCCGACGAUUUCAAAUAUAAAGAUUAUAAUACGAUAAUGGCAGCAAUUGAAGAAUAUCAUAAGAAAACAUGUAUAAAAUGGGUACGAUGGUCUGGAGAAAGAGAUUAUGUGCAUUUUAAACCUGGAAAUACGGGAUGUUGGAGUUCCGUUGGAAAAGUCGGAGGAAAACAGGAGCUCAAUUUACAAACUCCAGGUUGUUUAACUAAAAAAGGUACGGUUAUACAUGAAAUGCUUCACGCAUUAUGA